GUUUCAUCAUUAAAUUCUUCCAGUCGUGUGAUAAGUUCUUGAGGUUGUUGUACGUAGUUUGCUGCAUGCUAGCUAGCAUCUUCCACAUCAUAGAAGUAGCUACUCGAUUUUUGGGGUAUGUGUUUGUUGUCUUGUUAACUUCGGUGAAACUUCGCUGGAUUUCUGAGGAAAGAGCAACAACAGUUGUUUUAACCGGGCGGCUGGACACAUUGUAGCCUUAUCGCUGUCGCUAGCUAGGAGCAGCAGGAGCGAUGCAGUUUUCUGGCAGAAGGAGGAAGGUGAUUAGCAACUCUCAGACGGAGCUCUAUGCACAUGCUCUGCAGUUCUACGGGCAGCCUCCUCUUGAAAACAUCUCCCUCAGUGAAUUUGAGAUGUUUGCUGUGGAGAGACUGAAAUUGCUGAAGACAGUUGAGAAUGCGGGAGUGAGCCACGUGAAACAGUCAGAGCAGUACACAAAGAAACUGGAGAGCGAGUUUAAAGCCCUGAACUUUCCCUACAGACCCGAGGCUGAUGACAGAAAACCUCAGAGUGGACCAAAUGAAUAUGAGAAAAGAAGAAAGGACCAUAUCUCCCACUACAUCCUCAGACUUGCCUACUGCCAAACGGAGGACCUGAGACGGUGGUUCAUACAACAGGAAGUUGAUCUUUUCCGCUUCCGCUUCAACGACCUGUCUUCAAAACAAAAGCUGGAGUUUCUUCACAGAAACAAUCUGCAGUAUGAAGCGAUCAGCCUUGAUGAGAAGAAGUCUCUGCAGGAUAAACUUGUCAACUCCAGUUACGCCGUCAGUGGAAUCACUGUGGAGGACCAGGACUUCUACAAAGUUCCAUUUCAAGACGCCCUGGAUCUAGUGCGAUCAAGGAAGGUGUAUCUCAAAGCAGGCUACGUGUACAUCCCUCACCAGGACAUUGUCACCAUUGUUCUGAAUGAUUUCCGCACUCGGCUGUCUAAAGCCCUUGCACUGACAGCCCGUUCGUUACCAGCAGUGCAUUCUGAUGAACGGCUCCAACCGCUCCUUAACCACCUCAGUCAUGCCUAUGUGGGACAGGAUUACAGCAUCCAGAAGAAUGUUGGGAAAAUCUCCUUGGAACAAAUUGAUUCGCUUUCAGGAAAGUCAUUCCCGCUCUGUAUGAGGCAGCUCCACCAGAACCUGAGAGAGACCCACCAUCUCCGCCAUGGCGGUCGUAUGCAGUACGGCCUCUUCCUGAAAGGCAUCGGCCUCUCUCUGGAGCAAGCACUGCAGUUCUGGAGGUCAGAGUUCGUACGAGGCAAGGUGGAUGCAGACAAGUUUGACAAAGCAUAUGCCUACGGCAUACGCCACAUGUUUGGCAAAGAAGGCAAGCGAGCAGACUACACCCCCUACAGUUGCAUGAAGGUGAUUUUAUCAAACCCACCCAGCCAAGGCGACCAUCAUGGAUGUCCAUUCCGACACAGCGACCCAGAGCUGCUGAAGCAGAAGCUUCAGUUCUACAAGGUGUCUCCCAGUGGAAUCAGCCAGAUCCUGGAGCUGGUUAAAGGAAUGCACUAUCAGCUGGCAUGCCAGAAGUACUUUGAGCUGACACACAAUAUUGAGGACGCCAGCUUCUCACUCAAUCACCCCAACCAGUACUUUAUAGAGAGCCAGAGAGUUUUGGGCGGAGGCAAGGACAUAAAGCGAGAAGCUGACACUCCACAGAGGUCGCAGGAAACCGCUGGCAGCAGAGGAUCCAGCUCAGCCCGAGAGGCAGCAGCGAACGCCUCGCAGGGUUUGGCCGAGAUGACGGAGGAACUGGACUCUUUCUUUCAAGACGCCUGAUUUAGUGUUUUCUUCUAUACAUGUAGAAAUAAAUGUUUGUGGUUUUUAUGAGGACCAGGGGUUAAAGGGGUGUACCACAUUCUGCUUUGAAUUAUCUGUAUCUGACAUGUUAAGUAUUAAAGUUGCAUAUCAGUCAUUUCUCCAUAAGUUGUUGUACAUUGAGUUUGCCUUGAUGAGACAUUAUACGAACCUCAAUAUCAGACCAAAGUAGAGUUUUCUACCUUAAAAUUGCUUGUCAACACAUCAGUGACACGACAUUUUUAAUGUUCCCUGUUUAACCUGCGUGCUAAAAGUAGCCUGUCUGUUUUCCUCUUUGUUUCCACUGUGGUCUGAACUCAGAUUGCUUAUAGCCAAUCUCAGCACAGUGUUUUGGCAGGCACCUGGUUUUGGGGGUGAUGACUAGAACAUUCCCCAGCUGUCUCAGAAACAAUGUCAUUGUAUUUGCUGGCAGGAGUAUGGAUGAAUGGUGGCAGGAGGAUGGAUGAAAAUAAACAAU